AUGAACUCUAGAGACUCUUCAAAGCUAAAUCACUCCAACAAACCAAACAAAAUUUCGAAAAAACCUUCCACGAAUUGUCAGAAAAAGAAACCUGUUUUCGCUUCUUCUGAUGAUUUUCAGGUCAACUAUGGUUCAAUUUCCAAUAAAAAUAUUGCUUCCAGUGACUCAAUCCAUUCCAAAUUAUCUUCUUUACUUGUUCAAAACAAUAAUAUAAUUGCCUAUGAUUAUAUUAAACAUCAGCUAUACAAAAUAUACGCUCAAUUGAAUCAAAAUAUAAAUGAAAAUAAAUCAAGCCAUGAAAUUGCUUUACUAUUAAAUAAAUUCUUUGUAUUAAAUAACAUCUUUCUUGAUUAUGAAAUUUUGAAUCGUAAAAAUAUUCAUAAUGAAAAUACAAAUUUCAUUGAAACAACAAAUAUCAUCAAUUAUCCUCAAUUUCCAUCUAUAGACUCAAUUAUUAAUAUUGAUAACAAAAGUAUUCAAAAUCAUACUCAGAAUCAUGUACAACUCAAUAAUCAUAACCAUAAUCAUAAUUAUAAUCAUACAAAAAAAUCAAACUCUUUAAAAAAAUGCUCAAAACAACAUCGUAAACUCAAAUAUAAAAGAUCUUACAUCUACAAUAAACCUUCUAUCCACCCCAAAAUCACAGGCUAUGACUCUACAUACAACUACAAUAACUUACUUAUGUCAACUCCAAGAUCCUUUUACGAAGAAAAUCGAAAUAAAAUUUAA